AUGGAACCAUCGAAUCAAAUUCGUGAAACAAAAGAUGAAAAUGUUCAGCUCAAUAAUAGAUUUUAUUCAUGUGAUACUGAAAUUUUAAAAGAUAUAACAUUUAUUCGAAUUCUUAUCGAUUCAAUCAAUAUGGAUAAAGAAGAUGAAUAUGUGAUGGAACUUAUACGAAAGAAAUGCCUCUUCGGUUUCGUAUUGGAGUAUCAAUUUCCAUCACUUGAUAUAGUUUCAACUGCAUUAAAAUCUCGAAUAAGAAUUAAUGCGAAAACAUUUGAUGGAAGAAAAAUAAUUUUUCGGCAUAGACGGGUUGUUCGAGUAAAAUUAGUGCCCGAAAUUAUUAAUUAUUGGAGAAAUAAUUCGUUUAAACUCAUAUUAUUCGCUCAGUUAAAUACUCUUGGAAAAUACACGACGAAACUGAUGGGACGUUGUGAAAUUAACCUAGAAGAUCUUUUAAAGCCUCCUUUUUUAAUUUCGCAAAAUUAUAUUUUCAGUGGGCCUGGGUUCUCGGCUUCUUCACAUAUCAAAAUAGAUGUUGGUUCGAAUAUUAAAGCUGUUAUGGAAUAUCUUGAAAUAAUGCGAAGCAAGAAUGGUCAUCGUGAUGAUGCACUCACACGCGAAACUUUUAGAUCUAGAUCUCCAUCACUGAGCACUGCCAGGUCAAGUAGUAGAAGUGGAUCUGGCAGAGGAAGGCAUUCACCAAUUGUUCCUUCAAAGCUUAUGUUACGAUCAUCAAGUUCCUCUCGUGAAACUUCUCCUCAUUUGAAAAAUGAAAAUAUUACACUGGAACCAGGAUCUCCUUCAUCUUCUUAUAGGAUUAAACUUACAGUUCAUUCCGCUCGACGUUUGCCAAUUGAUUUCAAUGCCAGAGGUGAAAGUUGUUCUCCGUCAACUUAUGUAACAUUUACUGGAGAAGAUGGGCAAAUACUUAGUUCACCUGUACGAGCUGAAACUUUGUAUCCUGAAUGGGAAUGGACAGAAAUAUUUCAUGUUCCAAGAAGUCGUCAAAAUCUUGUUAUUAAAUUAUGGCGCAAAUGUAUAACUGGACGGGAUAGAGUGAUUGGUUUUAUAUCAGUUGCACUGCCACCACAAACAGCCAUAAGAAACGAGUAUGAAAUGUCUGAUAUGUUUAUUUCCGAAAAAGCACCUUUAAUAACGAUAUCCAUUUCAACAUAUGGCAAUGCAUAUUUCGAGAAAAAAGAAACCCCGAUUUUAGUUCCAUCGCCACCAAUUACGAGUCCUAGACUUCAAGCAAUGAGUCGAGAAGAAGUUUCGGAAAAAUUAAGGGAAAAUAUGUUUGAAUUGGAGAAAAUGUUAUCAAAAUUGGGUUAUCGUUAA